AAAUCCAAUUUUAUUAAGUAUAAAUCGUGUUCUCUUUCAGCAUCCUCCAAACAUUCUCCAACGAUCCAACCAUUUAUUCGCAAAAUCUAUUCGCAAGUUGCAACCAUCGACUCAGGUUGGUAAUCCUUGGCAGACGUCAAGUUGAGCGAUAAAUCGAUGGCCAAGAUGGAAGGGACCCGUGUCAAGAUGUGACAUCGUGCCUCAACGUAAUCAAAAUACAGCGGGGAACAAGGACUAUAGUUUGAUGGACGAGGGUGUAAUAUUCAUAAGGGAGCGUGGCGGGCGCAGGCGUGGUUGUCGUUGUAGACAGUGUCCUCAGGCUUGUCUACCUGUUUCCGCGGAAGGCGACCGUUGUUCGUCCAUCCGGUACCAACUCCAUUCUCCUGAGCCAUGUCCACGACUCUAGUUGCAGUGUGUGCAUUGCUGCUUGCGUUUCUUGGUGUUUCCAUUUGUCAAAUACCUAUGAACAUGUUGAUAGUGAUAGAAGAACCGGAUAAAUCGAUUUUAAACAUUUUGAACGAGGCCCUACCACAAGCAGAAAAGAAUUAUGGAAACGAUAUCAUCUCUGUUCAUAUUUCUACAAUCGAAGUUGAACGUUCGAAUAUAGACGCUAGCUUUAAGAAAAUAUGUGCUGCCUUAUUUAAGGGAAUCAGUAUCGUGCUCGAUAUGACCUGGACCGGUUGGGAUAAUCUUCGGAUCAUAGCCGACGAGAAUGGAAUAAUAUACAAACGGGGUGACAGCAAUAUGAACCCGUACAUCCAAGCGAUCGAUGAUCUUUUGAUGUUGAAAAACGCCACUGAUGUUGCUCUGAUCUUCGAAGAUGAAAGAGAGUUGAAUCAGAGUCUCUACUAUUUGAUCGGAAAUUCUAUCUUAAGAUUAAUCGUGAUCGACGAAUUCACCGAGAAAACGGUGUCGAAGAUCAAGAGUAUGAGGCCAUCACCAUCUUAUUACGCUAUCUAUGCUAGUACAGCCAAGAUGGAGGAUUUCUUCAAAACGGCCGUGCAAGGAGGAUUGGUCAAGAGAAAUGGAAUAUGGAAAUUGAUUUUCACCGAUAAUAGUUAUAAGGAUUUUAAAUAUAUCAAUGGAGACUUACAGUUGAACGUUUCCAUCACGGUUCUGUGGAUGAAGAUGGAUGUUUGUUGCAAAUUAAUUGGUGAUUCGCUCUGCAAUUGUCCUUCAGAUGUCAAAAUAUUUUCCAAUUAUUUUAAACGAUUAGUAGGCCUCAUCGUGAGUCUGAUGAGCGAACUUCAGGCAUCAGGUAUUAGUGUGGAGCCAAAAAGUGGCACAUGCUCAUCGAACACAGUGAAUCAAACUUCAAACGUCACGAUUGAGACGUUUAACAAGAAUAUACUUGCUAAAUUAGCAGGCAACGAUACAUUUGAGUAUUGGUCAGAGAAAGGAAUGAUCACGUAUAAAGCUGAAAUAGAAUUGGAAAUUCUUGAGAAUGGAUUAUUGGAACCAUUAGCCACUUGGACGAGAAAUGGAAAGAUAAAAGAAGUAGAGAAUAAAAAGAUAUUACCUGCCAAAAGAUUCUUUCGAGUUGGAACUGCUCCUUCAGUACCUUGGAUAAUACCUAAAAUCGAUCCAGCGACUGGAAAAGUUAUGAAAAAUGAGAAUGGAAAUGAUAUGUGGGAUGGAUAUUGCAUAGAUUUUAUCAAGAAAUUAUCGGAAGAGAUGCAAUUUGAUUAUGAUCUUAUCAUACCUGAAGAUCGACAAUUUGGCAAGAAAUUACCUAAUGGACAAUGGAAUGGCUUGAUUGGUGAUCUAGCUAAAGGAGAGACAGAUAUCAUAGUUGCUGCAUUGACAAUGACUUCAGAACGUGAGGAAGUGAUCGAUUUCGUCGCCCCUUACUUCGAACAAUCCGGCUUAUUAAUUGUAAUGAGGAAACCUGUCCGCAAACCAUCCCUUUUCAAAUUUAUGACAGUACUCAAAGUCGAAGUGUGGUUAAGCAUCGUAGGAGCUUUGACAUUAACUGGCAUCAUGAUUUGGAUACUUGACAAAUAUUCUCCUUACAGCGCCAGGAAUAAUAAACAAUUGUAUCCGUAUCCUUGUCGAGAAUUCACGUUGAAGGAGAGCUUCUGGUUCGCCUUGACGUCUUUUACACCCCAAGGUGGCGGCGAAGCACCCAAAGCGUUAUCAAGCAGGAUACUAGUUGCUGCUUAUUGGUUAUUCGUUGUUUUAAUGUUGGCUACAUUCACUGCUAAUUUAGCUGCUUUCCUUACUGUGGAAAGAAUGCAGUCUCCUGUGCAAUCUUUGGAACAAUUAGCCAGACAAUCUAGAAUCAAUUAUACUGUAGUGGCUAAUUCUAGUCAGCAUCAGUAUUUUAUAAAUAUGAAGAAUGCAGAGGAUAAAUUGUACACCGUAUGGAAAGAAAUCACAUUAAACAAUACAAGUGACGAGGUAGAGUAUCGAGUCUGGGAUUAUCCUAUCAAGGAACAAUACGGCCACAUAUUGCAAGCGAUCACACAAGUCGGUCCAGUUGCGAAUUCAAUGGAGGGUUUUCGAAAGGUGAUAGAAAGCGAAAAUGCAGAAUUCGCUUUCAUCCACGAUUCGUCGGAGAUACGGUAUGAGGUAACGAAGAAUUGCAAUUUGACAGAGGUUGGAGAAGUGUUUGCGGAACAGCCUUAUGCAAUUGCUGUUCAGCAAGGAAGCCAUUUGCAGGAAGAGAUAAGCAGAAAGAUUUUGGAUUUGCAGAAAGAUAGAUACUUUGAAAUGUUGGCUUCUAAAUAUUGGAACCAAACGCAGAAAGCUCAAUGUCUGAAUUCUGAUGAUAAUGAAGGAAUUACUUUGGAAAGUUUGGGCGGAGUGUUUAUCGCAACCCUCUUUGGACUCGCCCUGGCGAUGAUCACCUUAGCAGGAGAGGUGUUCUAUUACCGAAAACGGAAUACGGAAACGGAAAAAUCGACGAAAGACAAAAGAAAAGUCAAGAACUUCAACAACAAGAUAAUACAAAAUUUGUCGAAAAUGAGUUUGCAAAUGAAACCAGCGCCUAUCAAUCCUUUCUUCGAAAAGACAAACAAUCCUCCUCGCGUGUCUCACAUUUCCGUUUACCCUCGCAACUUCCCCUUCAAAGAAUGAGAAUCUUCAAAGAAAGAAAAUUUAA